AUGUCUGCAAGUACAGAGAGCUUGUUAAAGAGUUUUUGUAAUUACGUAUACUAUGCUGGGGCUGGGAAUUUUUGGUCUGAAAAUAUACACCAUGAAUCAAUAGGUUAUAAAAUGUAUAGUUUCAUUUCAUUUGCUAUUUACGUAACGAUGAUCCUUCUGGAAAACAUGGCCGCUAUUUUUGGUAAUUUCCCAGAAGUUGAGAAAAAAUCAGCUAUAAUGUUCUCAGCUAUACACGACAUUAUUAUUAUCAAAAUGUUUGUAAUGCUUUACCACAAGAACUCUAUCAAGAAGUUAAAUUAUGAAAUGUCUUUCGUAAUGAAAGAUAUAGAAGAAGAAAGUGUUAUGAGGAAACAGAAGAGGAAAGUGCUGUGGGGAAUUACGUUCUACGUUAUAACAGUUUAUCUGUCACUUAUUGCUUACGGAGUGGAGAGUUUCAGGAAAGUGUUGGUCGAAGGAACUCCUUUCUACACGGUCGUCACUUACCUGCCAACAUAUCACGACGACUCUCUCGCAGCGAGUGUGUUUCGCGUAUUUUUCUACGUCACCUGGCUGUACAUGAUGCUACCCAUGAUCGCAGCUGACUGCAUGCCCAUAAUUCACGUCAUUAUUAUGGCCUACAAAUUUAUUACUUUAUGCCAUCAUUACGAGAAAAUAAGGAUAGCCUUCGAAAGGAAUAUUUUGGUACUGACUAAUGAAGCCGCUACUCAAAUAUUAAAAGAAGGGUGCAUAGCGGGUAUUAAAAUGCAUCAAAAACUGAAAUUUUUAGUAGAAGAAAUUCAUCGCGUUUUUGGGAUCAUCAUGUCGCUACAAGUCUGCGAAAGUUCGGCAGUAGCCGUUUUGCUUUUGCUCCGGCUGGCGCUCUCCUCUCAUCUGAAUUUGACGAAUGCUUUCAUGACUUACACGUUCGUGGGCUCCCUGUUCUUUUUAUUAGCAUUGAAUCUUUGGAACGCGGGAGAAAUUACGUAUCAGGCUUCGCUACUUUCGGAUUCGAUGUUCUUUUGCGGGUGGCACUUGUGUAACAUGGACAAACAAUCACACAAAGAUAUAAGGCGCCUCGUGCUCGUUGGAUGUGCGCAAGCGCAGAAACCGCUAAUACUGAAAGCGUUUGGAAUUCAAGAUCUAUCUUACAAUACUUUUGUAUCAGUGGCAAGAAUGACGUAUUCGAUCUUCGCAGUGUUUUACCAGCGCCGGGAGUGA